UUGAUUUGCAUUUCUCUGAUGGCCAGUGAUGACGAGCAUUUUUUCAUGUGUCUGUGGGCUGCAUAAAUGUCUUCUUGUUGAUGGGUAUCUUUAAACUCAGCUAAAAUCUUAACCCAUAAAAAGCCCUCGGCUUGCUCCUUUCUUACCGUGCCCUAAGAAUGUGACCUCUGAUGGUAAGAUCAGUAACCUGAAGAACUGAACCGAUACUUUGGGCGUGUUUUUUAAUUUAAUUACAAUUUUUAUCAAAUAUUUGAUUCUUUUUUUUCCUCCCUGGCCAAAUUUAUUUCAGGAAUGUGCUUGUCUAGACUUCUGAUGGCUGAGGUUUCUUAGGUACAUCUCGUGACUUGAAUGCAGAAUUGGAUGCAAUCUGGAUAGAUUAGGAAAUACCUUCUCUAAGGUACUUAUUAGGUCUGGUUGACUUUGUAGAGCUGAUCCAAGAGCAGGCAAAUUGCUUCCAACAGACACAGUCCAGAAAAACAGCUCUGUAGCAGGCAUCUCUUAACACCACAGUAUAUUCUGGGUAGCUGCUCUGCAGUAAUGCAGCCCUGUCGUUCUGGGCAGUGUUGUUAUUCCUGCUGCAUAAUUAGCAACUAGUGAGAUCAUAGUCUGGGGAGAUUCUGGCAUUACUGAGGCAAGGGAGGGUUCGUGUCUCAUCACACAUGGCUCCCGCUCUGACAGCAUUUCUGCUGAGCAGAUUCGUGUCCUUCUGGAACUUAAAUCCAAAGAUGGAGGAAAAAGAUUUGUACCUAGGAAAUGGACUAUCUCAGCCUCCUUGGUUGUAUUAAAGCGUGUUGAAAACAACACUGCUUGCCAUAUUGAUAUAACCAGAAUAAAUUGUUACUUCUCUUGCUAUUUGUUUUCCCCUUGCUGAUUUCUUUAUAGAGGGCAAAGAUUGUAAAGCUACGAUGUCCUUGCACAGAGGAUGGUGACAGACCAGAUGAGCCCUAUUUUAUGGAGCAGUAUGAGAUUGGGAAAGAUUCUGGGUUUUGAAGCCAUGCAGAUUCUAAUCUUGGGUCCAUUCUUUGGUACCAAAUUUGACCUUUAUAGAAGCCUGGUGAGACACUUUACACUUGUGAAGAUCUGGGUAAAGGGUUUUCCUGACUGCUAAUGUCCUUCAAAAUUGAGUGCCUGAAGCAGUAUUUCCCAAAGUGUAUUCCAAGCAUUAUUUGCACUCUAAAAUACCUUGGAAACAGUAGGUUCCAUAAUCAGGUUUGUAGAAACACUGCGUUCUGUGUUCUCUCAGCCGUCACCAUCCUUAUUAGUAUAUUAAAAACCUCUAAGAGGUUCCACUAUAGGCAAUUUUUAAAACCCUUUUGACACAGCAGUCCCAUUUCUAUGUAAAAGCUAUUAAUACCAUAAGAUAGGCACUUUGGGAAAUGCCGGGCUGUAUUAUCACUAGGAAAAAUAAGUGGGUCUAGCCGGGUUCAGUGGCAUGUGCCCUGUAGUCCCAGCUACUCUGGAGGCUGAGGCAGGAGGAUUGCUCGAGUCUAGGUGUUCAAGACCAGCCUGGGCAACACAGUGAGACACUGUCUCUAAAAUAGAUAAAUAGUUGGGUCUAGUCUUGGUUUAGGCAAAGCCUAAUUCUGCUUUUUUUCCCUUUUUUUCUUUUUUUGCCAACCAAACAAGUAGCAGUGAUAAUUGUGUUUUUGAUCUCAAGUUCUUCUCACUGGUCCCUUGGAGAGCUUUCCUAUGUGAUCAGAAGAGCAGCUACUGUGAUUCCUGGGCUAAUGAAGCCUAGACCCCAGCUGGAUUGGAAGCAAAGGCCUUCCCUCCACUGGGAAAGGUGCCGCUGCUACCCAUCUCAUUAUUCUAAGAGUGACUAAGAAUGGAGGGGCUGUUGGGAAAUGAAAGUAGGAGAAUGUUGGCCAGAGCUAGUAGAGAAAGAACAUAAUGUUGAGAAAGCAGACGUCAGUGCUAGGUGAGGUGCGUGCUUUAGAGAGCUGUGUGUGUAGACUGGGGAGGGGUCUGUCUUGGGACAGGAAUGCUGAUUCCUUUUUUUCCCUGGGCAGAAUCCUAAUGUACCUGGCUAGCUGGUGGUGAGCAGGGGCUUUGGGGCCAACUUGUUGGGCUCCCCAAGGAAACCCCUUUGAAACCAAUGGAUGCAUUCACGGGCUCGGGUCUCAAGAGGAAGUUUGAUGAUGUGGAUGUGGGCUCAUCAGUUUCCAACUCGGAUGAUGAGAUCUCCAGCAGCGAUAGUGCUGACAGCUGCGACAGCCUCAAUCCUCCUACCACUGCCAGCUUCACACCCACAUCCAUCCUGAAGCGGCAGAAGCAGCUGCGGAGGAAGAAUGUACGCUUUGACCAGGUGACUGUAUACUACUUUGCCCGGCGCCAGGGUUUUACCAGUGUGCCCAGCCAGGGUGGUAGCUCACUGGGCAUGGCCCAGCGCCAUAACUCUGUACGGAGCUACACACUCUGUGAGUUUGCCCAAGAACAGGAGGUGAACCAUCGAGAGAUUCUGCGUGAGCACCUGAAGGAAGAGAAACUCCACGCCAAAAAAAUGAAGCUGACCAAGAAUGGGACAGUGGAGUCGGUGGAGGCCGAUGGCCUGACGCUGGAUGAUGUGUCAGAUGAAGAUAUUGAUGUGGAAAAUGUGGAGGUGGACGAUUACUUCUUCCUGCAGCCUCUGCCCACCAAACGGCGACGGGCCCUGCUGAGGGCUUCUGGGGUCCACCGCAUUGAUGCUGAAGAGAAGCAAGAACUUCGAGCCAUCCGCCUGUCACGGGAAGAAUGUGGUUGUGACUGCCGACUGUAUUGUGACCCAGAAGCGUGUGCCUGCAGCCAGGCUGGGAUUAAAUGCCAGGUGGAUCGCAUGUCCUUUCCAUGUGGCUGCUCCCGGGAUGGCUGUGGGAACAUGGCAGGGCGCAUUGAAUUUAAUCCCAUCCGGGUCCGGACUCAUUACCUCCACACCAUUAUGAAACUGGAGCUGGAGAGCAAGCGGCAGGUGAGCCGCCCAGCAGCCCCAGAUGAGGAGCCCUCCCCCACUGCCAGUUGCAGCCUGACAGGAGCACAGGGCUCUGAGACCCAGGACUUCCAGGAGUUCAUUGCUGAGAAUGAGACAGCAGUGAUGCACCUGCAGAGUGCAGAGGAACUGGAACGGCUCAAGGCAGAAGAAGAUUCCAGCGGCUCUAGUGCCAGCCUGGACUCGAGCAUUGAGAGCCUGGGUGUGUGCAUCCUGGAGGAACCCCUGGCUGUCCCCGAAGAGCUGUGCCCAGGCCUUACAGCCCCCAUUCUCAUCCAGGCUCAGCUGCCCCCAGGCUCCUCUGUCCUGUGUUUUACCGAGAACUCAGACCACCCAACUGCCUCAGCGGUGAACAGCCCAUCCUACUUGAACAGUGGGCCCCUGGUCUAUUAUCAAGUGGAGCAGAGGCCAGUCUUGGGAGUGAAAGGAGAGCCUGGUACAGAAGAAGGCUCAGCCUCUUUCCCAAAGGAGAAGGAUCUGAAUGUCUUCUCUCUCCCUGUUACCUCACUGGUGGCUUGUAGCUCCACAGACCCAACUGCCCUCUGUAAAUCAGAGGUGGGGAAAACACCCACCCUAGAAGCGCUAUUGCCCGAAGAUUGUAACCCUGAGGAGCCUGAAAAUGAAGACUUCCGCCCUUCCUGGUCCCCCUCGAGCCUCCCCUUCCGCACGGACAAUGAAGAGGGCUGUGGGGUGGUGAAGACCUCCCAGCAGAAUGAGGAUCGGCCCCCUGAAGAUUCUUCCUUAGAACUCCCUCUGGCAGUGUGAUAGGGGCUAGAGAUCCUGCCUCUUACCCAUUCUCUAUUUAUUCCCUUAUUUUAUCUAACACCAUUUCAAAACAAAACUGUAGAAGCAGCUGCUGCUCCCAUGUUAUUUUAUUGGGGUCUUUGGGGAAUGGGUGGGAAAGGAUUGUUUGAGUAUUUUUUAAAAGGGAAACAGUACCAAGGAGACCAGCCCCAGCUUGAUCUGGGGAUCCUGGGGCAGAGAAAGCUGCAUAGUGCUGAACACUGAGCUUUCUGGGCCACUGGAACAAAGAACUAGGAUCUCACAGGAGAAGCUGGGUAACAAGCAGCUAGUCUUUCUGUAGGGACCAGAACACAAGAAUUUGAAGAACACGGCAAAGCUCCUUCUCUCCCAAGCCCCAGGCAGAGUACAAGCUCAUUUUUCUCGGUGGCUAUUCUGAUACUCCAUUUUGGUGUGUCAUAAUACUUCAGACUAGAAAGUCACCUGGUCGAGUCUCGGGAGGAGGGAGUGGAAGGGUCUCUGCUUCUGUACAAAAUCUCCAGGAUUUACAAAAAUUUAACCUGCCUUCCUUCAAUCCCCUAUUUGGUAAAUAGGUUAAUAUUUGACAUGUUUGGUGUUCUCCGACCUGUUCCCCACACUGGGGAUUCCUGGUCUGUAACUUGAAUUGUUUCUUCCACAUGUUCUUAAGUACUAGAGUUAAACUUGUCUAUGUCUUUUUUUCCCUCCAUCCUUUUUCCUUUGGAGAAAAAGAGCUGGAUUGGCUGGGGAUGUGCUAUAAAGAGCCUGAGCCUUCUGUACGUAUCUGAUACUAGCACUGUCAGGCAGCUUUCGACUGGGGCUCACCCAUCCCACAGGAGGCCUAUGUGGAGCAUUAACUGGCCAAAGGAGGCAGCGGGAACAGGCUGCUUGCUAUUUGGAAAGAUGACAUAUUUGUGCUGUGCUUGUUUUUUCACCUAGGUUUUUCCCUCUUUGUGAGAUCUGAGCUUUAGUGAAAUGUAGGAUGUGGCAAUCUUAAGGUCACCAACCAGUUUUUGUUCUUUUUUUUCCUGUAUCUACCCUCAUGGUUGUUUUCAACAUACCAGGUUAGAGAGUUCUUACACUGUUUUAGUUCAGGUCCAAGAAUCGCAAAUGUUUAUUGGACCCCUCCAUCUUGAUGAUGUAUAAAAAUUGGAAGCCACGCCAGUUCUUAAAUGCCACAUGCAAUUCCCAGAUUCCAAAGGAUUCAAGUUCUAAUUAUAACCUUUGAAGCAUAUAGAAUGGAACUCAUUCAGUUUGAUUCAGUUCUUACCUCUGAAUCAAAUACAUCGGGGGAAUACGGUUCCUGUUCAUCCUAUGUUCUAAGAUCUCCAUUGAACAGCACUGAUUUCCUUUUAUUAGCCAUCUUUGCCUCUGUUCUAAAAUGGAGGCAGUAGGGAGCAAAACUAUUCUUCUCAAGCAUCCUUUACACCAUACAUUACUUCUGGUAUGGUUUAUUAACCACACACACAAAAGAGUGAAAAACUGUGUUGGGGGGAGACACUACUUAUCUUCCUCAUAAAGCCUUUUCUGUGGGAUAUUAAGCCCCUGGUGUCUUACAGAAACCAUGUAUGUUGCAGAAGCAUUUCACCCCUGAAGUCUCUAAACUCUGAGCCUGAAAGGAUUUGUAUUUAAUACACAUACACUGUUUAGUUCAUUCUGCCUCUCCUAUUUGUUCCAGUGUUUGCUUGGUUUUAGUUUGGAGGGGAACUUAAGUACAUAAAUCCUUAUCUCUCCCCAUCCCCUAGCCUCAUGAGUUGAGAGUCUUAAGUACCUGAGAUCUCGAAGCUAUCCAGAACUGAACUAGACUCCCCUACCUUAGACUAGUACCCGCAAACACAGGACUUGAAGCUUAAUUGGGAAUUUGGCUUUAUGGAGAAAAGAAUCUUUUUCAAAGUUUGUGUCAGAAGGGGAGGGUGAGGUCUGCACAUUGCCUCUGCAGGAAGGCUCCAGCUUAAUCUAGGAAGUAGAUUCCAGCUGCACGAUGAGGAACACGUUAGCUUUUGGGAUCAAACCAGGAAUAUGAAUCUGUAAUUAAGCUCAUUGCCAACCCAUAGGAUAAUUGAUGUUUCUGAAAACCUGUCAUUUCUUAAUCUAAGUCUAUCCCCUUCAUUAACUCUACAGUUGUGAUUCACACUGAUCCCAAACUUUUGAGUGCUAAAUAUUAACAUUUAGCAUUAACUGUCUUGUCAAGCAAAAGGCCUUCUCUACAACCUAGUCCAUCUCACUUCUGGUGCUACCUGAGUUGGACGGAAUUCUAGCUCAUGGUUGCUAGGAAAGCUAGGCCUCUGAUCACAGAAGCAGACAGCUUCAGCCCCAGUCUAGGCCUAGAUAAAUGACUCUUCUCACCACAACUCUUACUAUUUUCCAAUUUCCUUUCUCACAUACUGUACACAGGUAGUAUUUUCAAUGUGAAUCCAAAGCUUGUCUGGUUCUCUGAAAAUAAUUUUCUCCCCUUUAGGUUCUUUACAUUGUGAUAAUGCUGUAUUUAAAGAGAAUAUUUAAAUGUAAUAUUAAAGAAAUAUUCAAAAGAA